AUGAAUGUCCUCACGCCUCCCAAUAAAGUAACUGAAUUUGUUCUCUUGGGACUCAUGCAGAAUCCACACUUGCAGGAAAUACUCUUCAUUGUCUUUUUGUUCAUCUUCUUAUUUACCAUGCUGGCCAAUCUGCUCAUUGUCAUUACCAUCUCCCUCAGCCCCACACUUUCAGCUCCCAUGUACUUCUUUCUCACUCCCUUGUCCAUCAUAGAUGCAUCCUUGACCUCUGUCACCACCCAUAAAUUAAUCACUGACCUGCUGCACCACAGGAAAACUAUCUCUUGGGGUGGCUGCCUAACUCAGACCUCUCUGGAGCACUUGCUGGGAGGAUCAGCGGCCAUCGUCCUCAUUGUCAUGGUCUAUGACUGCUAUGUGGCCAUCUGCAAGCCUCUACACUACACGACCAUCAUGCGACAGGGGCUCUGCCAGCUCCUGGUUCUGGUGGCCUGGAUCGGGGGAAUCCUACAUGCCACUGUGCAGAUACUUUUUUUGGUUGACUUAACCUUCUGUGGUCCCAAUGUCAUUGACCAUUUCAUGUGUGAUUUCUUCUCACUGUUGAAAUUUGCCUGCUACGACACUUACAUGCUUGGAAUGGUGGUGGCAGCUAACGCUGGGGUCAUGUGCUUACUCAUUUUUUUCAUGCUACUUAUUUCCUACAUAGCCAUCCUGAGCUCCCUGAAAUCCCAUGGCUCUGAAGGAUGA